AUGAGCUUCACAUCUAUUGAGCUCGUGCUUCUCGUUGGGAUCUGUGGCGCACUUCCUCACAAAAGCGACGGGACGGAGAUUCUUCUGGGCGAUGUCAUCAUCAGCGAGAUUCUUGUUGAGCUGGAUUAUGGCCGUCUAUACCCCAGCGGGUUCAGACGGCGAAAGGAUACGAUAUUGGACGUACCUGGAAGACCAAACGAGGAGAUCCUCGGGCUAUUACACUCCUUGAAAACUCCCCUACUGCUAGACGAGGUACACAAGGGCAUGAUGCAGCACCUUAGGGCCCUGCUGCGACAUGAGAAAAUCAAAACGAGUUAUCCUGCUGCAUCUGAGGACAAGCUGUUCGACUCGGAUUACAUCCACAAACAUCACUCUGGAUGCCAAGAGUGCAACGCGUUUGAGAUCUCGGGAUCAGUCUGUGAUGCAGCCUUGACAGCCUCCUGUGAGGAACUUGGAUGUGAUGCGAGCCGACUGGUACCGCGCUUCCGACUGUCUGCAAUCGGAGCCAACAAUACUAUGUCAACUCAUCUUAUCCACUUUGGAUCCAUCGGCACUGCAAACACGGUCAUGAAAUCAGCCAAGCAUAGAGAUGAGCAUGCGGAGUCGGAAUUGGUCAUAGCCUUCGAGAUGGAAGGAGCCGGAGUGUGGGGUAAGUUCAAUUGUCUGAUCAUCAAAGGCGUAUGUGAUUACGCCGACAGUCACAAGAACAAGAUAUGGCAAGAGUAUGCCGCUGCAGUUGCCGCUUCCGUCGCAAAGGAAGUUUUGGGGCAGUAUGUUCCCCAUGACAGGCCCUCGGAGCCCGAAAUACCUGACUAUCGCUUUGAGUAUGGUUCCCAGAUUUCAACUUUCUCACAAGACAGACCAGAACUUCAAUCAUUCUGUGCAGUCGACGAUUCUCUCCUCAAAGAUGUUCUGCACAGGAUAUUAAAGAGCUUCGAGGAAAGAUUUGAUACGGACAAAGUGAAUUACUUUCGAACAACGAAUCUUGGUGCCCUCAAAGGAGAAUUAAAGAGAAUCCAGGAUGCACAGGAAAGAGAGGGAACACUGCAAAAUCUGAGACGUAUUGAACAUUUCAUUAGACGGAUGGAACAGCUUGAACAUGUCCUCGACAGUAUUCUGGGCACAACUGAGCCAAUACAUUUCAUUUGGGGUCCAGUGAGAGCUUUGUUACGGGUCGCCAGAUGUCGCUCGGAAUCAGUUUCGUCACUUCUCUUUGACAUGUUCUAUCUCGAAUCCUUCUCGGAAACGCGCUAA